CUCACUACUCUUUCUCUCUCUCUCUCACUUCAUCCAUGGCUUCUCCUUCUUCUCAGUUUCUCUUCUCUCUGUUGUGCCUUGCUCUCCUUUCUCUUCCUCACAUCGUCUCCUCCAUCGGCAUCAACUAUGGCCAGGUCGCUAACAACCUUCCUCCCCCAAAAAACGUCAUCCCUCUCCUCAAGUCUGUGGGAGCUACAAAAGUCAAGCUCUAUGACGCCGAUCCACAAGCCCUCCGUGCCUUCUCCGGCUCCGGCUUCGAGCUCACCGUGGCCCUCGGCAACGAGUACCUGGCCCAGAUGACCGACCCUAAUAAAGCCCAAGCCUGGGUGAAGGAGAACGUUCAAGCAUACCUCCCCAACACCAAGAUCGUGGCCAUCGUGGUGGGAAACGAAGUCCUCACCUCCAACCAAUCAGCCCUCACGGCGGCCCUCUUCCCGGCUAUGCAGGGCAUCCACGGCGCUCUGGUUGAUUGUGGCCUGAACAAGCAGAUCUUUGUGACGACGGCUCACUCACUGGCCAUCUUGGAUGUGUCCUACCCUCCCUCGGCCACUUCCUUCCGCCGCGACCUUCUCAGCUCUCUCACUCCCAUCUUGGACUUCCACGUCAAGACAGGCUCACCAAUCCUCAUCAACGCCUACCCUUUCUUCGCCUACGAAGAAAACCCCAAACACGUCUCUCUCGACUUCGUCCUCUUCCAACCAAAUCAAGGUUUCACCGAUCCUGGCUCUAAUUUUCACUACGACAACAUGCUCUUCGCUCAGGUCGACGCAGUCUAUCACGCUCUUGACGCUGUCGGCAUCAGCUACAAGAAAGUCCCCAUAGUCGUCUCCGAGACCGGAUGGCCUUCCAACGGUGACCCGCAGGAGGUUGGAGCAACCUGCGACAAUGCUCGCAAGUACAAUGGGAAUCUGAUCAAGAUGAUGAUGAGCAAGAAAAUGAGGACGCCCAUUCGACCUGAGUGCGAUCUCACCAUCUUUGUCUUUGCUCUCUUCAACGAGAACAUGAAGCCUGGACCCACCUCCGAGAGGAACUACGGUCUCUUCAAACCUGACGGAACUCCGGUUUACUCUCUUGGGAUCAAGACUUCCUCCACUCAUAGUAGUGGUAGCAGCAACUCCACUGGUGGUAGUGGUAGUAGCAGCGGCGGUAACACUGGUGGCUCUUCCGGCGGUGGUGGUAUCUACCCGCCAGUCACAGAUAACCCAUCACCGGAUUACAUGUCCAUUUCCUCCGCCAAGACUGUUAAGUUGCAUACUUAGUCGGAUGAAACCAUCUCUGUCUUUCACUCUCUUUAUCUGUUUUGUUUCGUUUUAAAAUAAAUUGUUAGUGGUAAAAGAAAUUACAAAGCUCGAAUAAGGAAGGAUUAACAUUGGGGUAAAGUUGGAAUCUUUUUUAUAAACUCGACAAACUGUGACAAUGUGUUUUGGAUUGGUUAUCACGUGGAGAUGACUCUUGUUUGGUCACUUUUGUCUGAAAAUAUAAUUGAUAUUGAGUG